GCGCGCGCCAGCUGGGACUCCGGGUCUUUGACAGAAUCCAACGUGUCGCGAAGCGCGGUGGCGAACGUGUCUCGUCGUGCGGGCAGGUCGAUCCUUCGCCGAGGAGCCGUGCCGUGUGGAUGAAUUAAAGUCGCCGCCCGAGUCACCCAGCUGCGCCGAACGACGGAGGCCUCGCAUCGGGAACACGUCGAUUUCCGAGCCGAUCGCAACGAACAGCGAAAAAGCGGAAGGAUGGGCACGUCGCUAGUACUACUUUCCGUACUUCUCGGAAUUGUAUGCGCCGUUACGGCGCUGAAGGAAGGUGACUGCGAAGUAUGCGUCGCCGUCGUGGACAAGUUCAGUCAGACACUGACGGCAGACGUUAAAAGUGACCCCAAGAAGAUCGAGGCAAAGUUUCGAGAAUUCUGUAAAGGCACUAAAUCAAAAGAAAAUAGAUUUUGCUACUAUCUAGGUGGUUUAGAGGAAUCUGCCACUGGUAUUUUAGGCGAGCUCAGUAAACCACUGUCAUGGUCUAUGCCCGCGGAUAAGAUCUGCGAGAAGUUGAAGAAAAGGGACGCUCAAAUAUGCGACUUGAGAUUCGAGAAACAGAUCGAUCUCAAUACGGUAAAUCUGAAGAAGCUAAAGGUACGCGACUUAAAAAAAAUCUUGAACGAUUGGGAACAGACCUGCGACGGUUGUAUAGAGAAGACGGACUUUAUCAAACGAAUUGAGGAGCUUAAACCCAAGUACCUUAGCGGUAGCUCGAAGACGGAGCUUUGAAGGAUCGUUCUCAACUUAGACAAGCAAUUGUGUUAGGGUGGCUAAAGUUUCUGUUUCUUCAAUUUACGGAGGAAUUGUUUACAGCAUUUAGGAUAUGUAUUUAUCCGCGUCUAUAUAAGAUUCGCGUACAGCUUUGUUCUGAAAGAAGCCGAUCUUUUGGACAGACUGUCCGACGACGGUCUCUUCAACUAAGGUAUUUAAUUUCCAUUGUAUGGAGUAGAGAUUAUUAUAAAGCGAAAAUUAGCGUGAGGCAAACAAUAACGGGCAAUGACAAUUUUGUAUUGUUUAACAGAAUCUUUUACGUCUCGGUAAUUCCGUGGGACGUGUUAGUAAUUUGAUUUCCGUCUGAGGUAGCCAUGCUAAUAAUGAAUCUAUUUUAUCGAAGGUGCUCUCCAUUUUUAUGACAUCAAGAUUAGGUGUAAAUUGAUAUAUACAGCGUUUAUAUACGAGAAAUUAUUUUCACACAACAUAUUUACCUUUAUUGCUCUUCCUCAGGUAGUGUAGUGAUACGCAAAUACGUUUGUAUAAUAUGCCCGAACGAUACUUUGUACCAAAACGCGUCGUACGGUGUCGAACGAUAUGUACGAGGUACUUUAUCCACAACACCGUUGUAUAUUAUUGCGAAAUUUGAUUUCUCUCUUAUUUCCCCCGUUAUGCACGAGACACAAACGAAAUGUACAACUAAACUUACCAAGUAUCUCUCAUGGCCAGUAUCGAUGGAACUGUUUUACUUGAACGUGCAAUGCCAAUUUUUGAGAUAAGAAUUGUUUGUAUCGAUAUACACCAACUUUUCCAGUAAAACGAAACAAAAAAAAAGAACAAACAAAAGUGUGUACUCGAAGUACAAUGUCCUAAAAUUAAACGUUUCGAUAAAUCGCGCGUGAAAAAAGAAAUCACUGUAGAUAAGGUAUUACCGCAUAUCGCAUAAUGUACCCGGAAAUUCCAAACUGAAUUAUUUAUUUCGUGAUAAGACUGCGUAAUUACGUUUUCUAUAUUACAUCCGUGAGUCUUGAUACGAGAGGUCAGAAAGAAAUAAAAAGGAAAAACAUGUGUGUUG